UGAGGGAAUUUUAAACUCAAUCUGGCGAAUAAACAACAAAUGCAAAAAUUCAGGAAAUAUUUCAAAGUUGAUAAAUAUUUCCCCCUUGAGUACACGCCCCCACUGCAAAAAUAAGACCACGACUAGUAGAAUUCUCGUGAGAACAUGAGUCCUAAAAAAACUCAAUCAGCGAAGGGCAUCGCCCAGAGAAUUUUCGAAUUCACCGACGACGAAGCUAUCCACUACUCAACGUCAAGAAAGAACGUCAUUUCCGUCAUGAAUCGCAUUCAUCGGGAUCGCAUUGACAUGAAAAUAGUCCUUGAACAAUUGGGCAAAACUGACUUUAUGGUCUUAUCAUAUCCAACUGACCACUCCACCUAUGACGAAAAUAUGGAGGUGGAAUUGAAGAUGGAAAAUUCUGUCAGUAUCGACAAACUCGUGAAGAAUGUGGGACAGGUGUUGAAGGGGAAGUUUCUACUUUGUCGAACGAUAACCCCGUCGAGCAAGAUGAACGGAGUGGACGCCGCUGUGGAAGAUGUCGAAGGAAAGAAAGCCAUGCGACUUUCCCUGUUCAAUUACUCGGUUGAAGCUAAAAUGGGGAAAUCGGAUUUCGAAGCGGUCCUCCCCUUGGGGACGAUGUUGAUUGUGAAGAACCCCGUGUUUAAAAAGCCUACAAGCCUAACGCCCAUCUUUGGGCUGAUUGUUGAGAAUCCGGCCGAUGUCGAGUUGCUCAGUCCGAAGAAAAUGGAAAAACUCUUUCCAAGUGUCCACUGGAAGUCAGAUCUGCCCCAGGAAUCUCGAGCCCUGUUCGCUUCUCCACUCCUUUGGGAAUUUCCUCCUGACCAAAGUGACCUUGAGAUUGCUACCAAAUUGAAGCUGGUGGGAAACAAGGCUUUCGUCGAGAACAGGGCAACGGACGCGAUCCGAUUUUACGAUGUUGCUCUAGAAUACUUGCCUGUGAUGGAAGAAGUGGAGAUGAUAACUCCAGCCUCGUCAGCACUUUUAAUUGACAUCUUGUCCAACAAGGCGGCCGCUUUGAUCAAACUGGAGUGUUUUAAUCCAGCUCUAGUCUACACUGGAAAAGUACUUGGGAGCAACACCGCUCACGUUAAGUCGAUCUAUCGUCACGCCAAAGCUCUCAUUGGACUUGGACGGUAUUCCGAAGGUGGCGAAUUCCUGGAUGAAAAGAUCAAGCAGCUCGGAGGAGAAGAGAAUAAAGAUAUUCUCAGAUUGAGAUCAAUUGUUGCUGAACUGGGAAAACCGCCCAGAAGAGACGUUGUCAUUGCUCUCCGUAACCCACGGCGAACGAAAUAUAAUCAACCUAAGUUAGAUUUACCGGCCGGGAUGCUUGACCGCAUCUACGAAUUUGUGGGAGCAAUUGAAUUCGGGAACGCGAAGAGCGAGAUUGGCGAGUGCCAAGGAGCCUUUGCCACACAAGAUCUCGAACCUGGAACGAUUCUCCUGGUUAGCAAACCCUUCGCCGGGCUGUAUGUUCGGCCAGAGGAGAAGAAGACAUUUUUAUUGAACACGUCCACCCAUGAACAUCUCGUCGGCCUUAUGGCAAACAAGAUCCGUCUGGAUCCCGAUCUUGGCCGAGACCUUUACAAACUGUGGGCUGGACCUGACCUCAAAUUUUUGACGGAUAAGGAAGACCCCGUAAAAAAGGUGGACAUUGCUCGAAUCCGAAAUAUUUGCCACUUUAACACCCGUGGAUACAAGGAUGACGAUACUUUCAUUUCUUGUGGUGUUUACAUCCCCUCGUCGAAAAUAAAUCACAGCUGUAUUGACGCCAACGUUAUGUAUCAUCAUCAUGAUGUCAGUCUUAUCAUGAUGGUUACGACUUUCAAAAAGGUGAAAAAAGGAGAAGAAAUUCUUAUGAGUUUUGUUAACCCGUUGAAGCCGUCGGGGGGAAGAAAUACCAUGGAAAGUACUGGUUUUAUCUGCAAAUGUCGCCUAUGCGAACUGGAACGAUCUGAAAACCCUGAUGUGAUUGCGAGGAGAGAAGAAAUCCUCCAGGAUCUGGUAGCUUGCAGCAUCCCGAUUUUCUACCCAUGCCAUUCCCAAAUGGUUGCUGAAGACUUGGCAGCAAUCGCCGAACUCGAAAGCCUUCAUACAGGAACGCCCGACCUGAAUUUGGCUUUGGCGAAUUCUCGAAUUCACGCCCUUGUCGCCGUUGUGUUGGUAGACCUAGGUCACUAUUCCGUGUGUUUGCCCAUCAUGGAGAAGAUUUACGCCGUCCUGGAAAACAUCGCAACCAGCCAUAAGCAUCCUGCCCUUCUCGCAAGCAUUUUGGUUUGUUGUAUGAAUAUGGGCAAGGAAAAGGCAGUGUUGGAAAGAUGGGCAGAAGAACUAAGGAAACAUUGCCGUCUUUAUGCCGGCUCUUUGGAAUAUGUUCGUGAAGGUGACCAUCCCACGAUUCCGGAGGAGUUGAAAAAAUUUGGGAUUGAAUACUUCACCGAUACUGACUAACUAAUUAAUUAGGGAUGCAAAGUUAAAGUUUUUGUUAGUAUUUGAAUAUUAAUAACAUUUUACAUUUUCGGCUAUUUCUACUCUUUGUAUGGUUAAUUUUUGUGUUAUGGUUUUCAACGAUGCUAUCUUAAUUUGAUCCAUUAACUAAUUAAUGGAUGAUCAAUAAAAUGUAAUUACUAUUUAAAUUG